GGGAGGUCCGGUUCUUCUUCCGGUUUAUAUGUUGGAAAAAAGAAAAGACGAAUGGAAAAAAUUGUAAUCCACAAAACGACCAUUGCCUAGUACUUCGUAAUACGGUCAUAAUUAGUUGAAAUGAGCUCCCAGCAAUUCCCCCGACACGGGCUGCCAGCCUCCAGCGGGGGAGCACCUCAGAUCCCUGCUGCUGGAAACAUGGUGUCCGUGAACCAGCCGUCACAUCAACAAGCUGGUGGAGAUGCUGACAGCGCUCGGGAUGCUGACCACGGGCAUCAGGAUCAUCCUCCCGCCGGGGGAGGGGGGACCUUGGCCUUUAGAGAUGAGAAGCAGGAGACCAUGGUGGUCAGACCUUACCCACAAGUACAGACGCACGGUCAGCCACAGGCUACCCCCCAGACCGUGCCCAUUCAGCCCGGCACACCUGUGACUGUGCCUGCCACCUCUGUCCACCUCCCACAGGGCCAGCCUGCUGUCCUCACUGAGGGACAGAUGAAGGCUGUCCUGAAGUCACCUAUGCCAAGUCGUCUUAUUGCCCCAGCACCAGCUUCCAACCAGGGUCAUAUCCCCAUACCCCCCAAGGUGCCGGGUCACAUUACUGUCACCAUAGAGAGCAGUAUUGCUCCAACCCAAUCUAUUCCUGUGGCAACGAUCAGUGGUCAGCAGGGUCACUCGAGCAACUUACACCACCUGAUGCCAGCAAACAUUCAGAUCAUCAGGGGCAGUGCCCCCGCGCUACAGAUCGGGACCCCUGCAGUGCCUCCACAGACCUUCACCUCCCAUUUACCCCGAGGGGCUGCUGCAGCAGCUGUUAUGUCAAGCUCCAAAACGGUCCUGCGGCCAGCCACAGGAGCAAGUGCGGGCCCCGGCCAGCCCACAGUGCAGCACAUCAUCCACCAGACCAUUCAGUCCCGCCCUGCUGUGACAACGUCUACAGCUGUGCUUCCAACUGUGGUGGCGCCCAUUUCAAGAACUCAGUCCCCAGUCAUCAGCCCAUCAGUCACACACUCUGCAGAGGUGACGCAUGGGCGUCCAGGGCUGACCAUUCACCCCCCUUCGGCCACCGUCAGUAUUCAGAGGUCUCAGACAUCCCGUGACACGGCCACGCGGAUCACGCUGCCGUCCCACCCAGCGAUCGGGGCCCAAAAGCCUCAGCCUCCGCACACCAUGACACAGAAGCCCAUCUUCAGUCCUGUUACACCGGUAGCUGCGGCAACUGUGGCGCCAAUCGUUGCCACCAACACUGUGCCAUCAACCACCACGAUAGGCUCCGUGCCACACAGCCAAAUGACCAGCAACACUAUUGUCACCAUGACAAUGGCCUCGCACUCCUCUCAUGCUGCAGCGGUGACCACCUCUGCCAUCCCCGUUGCUAAAGUCGUCCCUCAGCCCAUCGCCCACUCCUCGUCCCGAGUGCAGCCCGACUACCCAGGAGAGAGAACCAACCUCAUCCCCAUCCCAGGCCAUCGGUCAUCUCCUAACCCCGUCACCAUGGAAGCAAGAAGUGAUAACAGGCCCUCGGUGCCAGUGCAGUUCCAGUAUUUCUUGCCGGCAUACUCCUCGUCAUACCCUCUGACACACACAUACACCCCCAUCAGCAGCUCUGUAUCUACCAUCCGGCAGUAUCCUGUUACUCCUCAAGCUCCGACUUCAGCACUGCCCAACCAAGCGGGAGUCGGCGUGGCAACCACUGUUCACCUAAACCACAUGCAGCUGAUGGCGGUGGAUCGGAUUGGUCUCCCUUCUGCGCAAAUCAGCACCCAGGGGAUCCAGCCGGCACCCAUCGCUGCGCAGGGCAUGCAGCCCGCACCAAUAGGAGUGCAGGGCCUGCACACAUCUGCGCCGAUGGGCACGCAGGGACUACAGCAGGCACUACAGCAGGCACCGUUAGUCACUCAGCAGCAACAAGUGCAGUCCGAAGCCAAACCCGGGGUUGUUUUGGCCGAUGGCUUUGUAGCGAGCCCCAUCAGCAGCACAUUCAGCACCACCCAACCAGUUGCCACCAUGGUGCAGGCACACACCCAGGGAGGGGGAGGAGGAGCCCCCACCCUGGUCUCCUCCCCUAGACCCAGCAUCCUCCGCAAGAAACCCGCUAAUGAAAGUUGUGUUCGCAAGAACCUGAUCCCCGCCCAGCCCAGUGAACCCAGUGGCGGCAGAAUGGAGAGUGGCGUGAGGGGAGCCGGAUCUCCCCGACCUGCAGGUGUGAAGCCCAAAACGGAGCUGCACAUGGCCGGGGCCCCUCCUGUCAUGGCUACAGUAGAGGCUCUGCCUCCCCAGGGAGGAGAGCAGCAGUCCAUGUCAAACGCCCAGCACCUCGCCCAAGCCAUCCCCGCCAUGCUCGCCACUCCGGGGCCCGCGCCUCCCUCCCAGGCCUCCACUGUCCUCUCAGCCCUGCCAGCAGCCAUGGCUGUUACCCCGGCUCCAGCUUCUAUGGCCAACACCGUGGCCUCCCCCACUCAGCCCGCGGCCAGUAGCACUGCAGCUUGUGCCGCCAACUCUGCCUGCCCCGAUUUGAAAAUCAAGCAGGAGGUGGAGACCAUGGACACUUCACAGUCAGAUCCCCAUGCAAACUCAUCAGCCCCGGCCCUCACCACCCAGGCCUCCACCCUGAGCGCUCCUGCCACAGGAGAUCUGAUACCCGGGGCCUCCCCGAGGAAGAAGCCCCGUAAGCAGCAGCACGUUAUUUCCACAGAGGAGAGUGAGAUGGUGGAGACCAACAGUACGGAUGAGGAGAAGGCCCCGGGCAGGCCCAUCACCGGCAGGGCUGAGAGGCGCGAGUCUCCACCGAGGGAAUAUGUUGACGAGGAAGGAGUGCGUUACGUACCAGUCAGGCCUCGACCACCCGUCACUCUUCUACGGCACUACAGGAACCCCUGGAAAGCCGCCUACCACCACUUCCAGAGGUACAGCGACAUCCGGGUCAAAGAGGAGAAGAAAGGCAGUUUACAGGAUAUGGCCAAUCAGAGAGGAGUGGCCUGCAGAGCACAAGGCUGGAAAAUUCACCUGUGUGCUGCACAGCUCAGGCAGCUGUCUAGUUUGGAGCAUGAUGUGUACAGCCGCCUCUCCACCCUUCAGGAGGGUCUGAUUCCUAAGAAGAGAGCAGGCUCUGAUGACGACCUUCACCGAAUCAAUGAGCUCAUACAGGGUAACAUGCAGCGCUGCAAGCUGGUGAUGGACCAGGUCACCGAGGCCAGAGACACCAUGAUGAAAGUGCUCGACCACAAGGAGAAAGUGCUGAAGCUGCUCAACAAGAACGGCGCCGUCAAGAAGUCCUCCAAACUGAAGCGCAAAGAGCGGGCAUAAGCUUGGACCUUCUCCUCUGUCGACAACCCCACCCCCCCACCCCUCUCGGAAGGGGGCGAAGGAGCUGCUCAGAAUUUGGUGCUAUGAUUUGCUGCAUACAAUCGCACGCACCCUCCCUAUCUGCCCGAGAGCAGACGGAGAGAAGUUACGGGAGGGCUUCAAGAGGCAGACCAGCCCAUCAGGAAAAGGUUCUCAUUCAAGACCCAACGCACAUAUUAAGCGUGGAGCAUUGUAGGUUGCAUUAGAGUGGCAAACUGGACGGCCCUGUCACUGCCCCCCCCACCCCCUUCUUUUUUUGUUGUUCAUUUUUUAAGACCCAGAAACCAUUUUUACUAAUUAAAUUUUUGCAUCUUCAUUUAAGAACGUGUUUGAUCUGGCACAUUCUGUUAUCUUUUGAUAUCCGGCACUAAACGCAUUUGUAGUAGAUAUUGAAGAAAGUAUUUCAGUUAAGAGAUAUUGAUGGAUGGGUCGAAUCCAAAUCAUCCAAAAGGAGUCCCUUUAGUAUCUAGUGUGUAUGCAGACUAAUCUCAGUCUUGCCCUUCUCAUAAAUCUGUGCCUUCAUUUUGUCGGUGUAAGUGAAAUGGACGGGGACACGUGAAAGCUGUUCCACGCGCUGUCAAAAUAUAUAUAUUCUGAAAAUAUCAUUCAAAGAACAAGCGUCGGUUCAUUUUCACUGCUUCCCCUUUUUUUCCCCCUGAACAUCCUGCACCUGCUUUUUUUCUAUUUCAAGAAACAAGAAAGUACAAGAAAUAAUCUAAAUGUGGCAAAUUAAAUUGAUUUAAUACCUAAAAGAAAUGCUCUUAAAAGAUAAACCGUGUCCUGAGAUGUGAAAAGAGACGACAUACUGCAUAAUGCCAAGUUAUUACACUUAAACGGCCAUGAGUCAUCUACUUAAUCCAAAGUAAAUGGAUUUCAUGGUGGUAAAAACAAUACUUUCAUUUGCUUUUAGAAAGGGAAGUGCUUGAAAGAAAGAGAGCAGAGUCUCCUUGCGUGAUCACACUGGUGGAUUGAGUUCAUGUAAAUCACUGUAAAUGUGCUUUUUGGUUUUCCAUUGACCUGGUUCUUUUCAAGUUUUGUACUCGAAACAUUUCGUGCCGUGUGGUGAGGUGUGAGCCGCUUUAUUUUGCAGAGUGUAACGAUAAUGACGUUAUGAGAUGAAGCGAGCCCGAAACAUCCAGCUGUUGUACAUUGUUUUUGUCUGUGUAAUUAUAGUAAAGAUACCUAAACC